AUGCAGGUUUCAGGACUUACAUGGGGAAACUGGGAUGAAACGGUAUUUGAUUUACGUCCUGACAUUAUUCUUGGAGCUGAUGUACUUUACGACUCAGCAAAUUUUGAUGAUCUGUUCGCGACGGUGACCUUUCUUCUCGAAAAUUCUUCUGGGGCAGUUUUCAUAACCACAUACCACAACCGCAGUGGUCAUCAUCUGAUUGAGUUUUUGAUGGUCAAGUGGGGCUUGAAGUGUUUGAAACUGCUGGAUGGUUUCUCCUUCCUGCCACCAUGCAAGGCUGCUUCACUUCAGGGGAACAUUCAGCUUGUUGAAAUCGCGCUUGACAAGGAAAAACAUAAAUGA